UUUUGCGCCGCCGCCGGCGCGGUCUAGUCUCGAGCGGCACGUCGCGCGUCACGCCACGGCCAGCGUCAUGGAGCAACCGCAAAACAAAACCACCGUAGAAGCGCUCAUCAACGCUAUAAAAGAACGACCUGUACUAUGGUCGCCAGAUGACCCCUUAUUUAAAGUCAAAAAGGUCGUCAACAAGACAUGGGACGAAAUACAGGAACUGUUGCCGCAGUAUGAAGUUGAAGAUUUGCGACGAAAAUGGAAAAACUUGAAAGAUUCCUACAGAAAAGAAUUUAAAAAGUCUUGCAAAAUAACAUCUUCUUUUGACGGCACAGAAUGGUAUGAAUCACCGUGGCAAUAUUAUAAUUCGAUGUCAUUUAUGCGAAACAUACUGCUGAAAUCGCCAGAACAGAAACCACUCCUGCUAGAAAAUGUUCCAGAUGCUCCACAGUUUCCCGCGGACCAGAAUCCUGUGGAACGGAACUGCGUGGAACAAAAGCCCGUGAAACAGAAACCAGUGGAUCAAAAACCAUUGGAACGGAAACCCGUGGAACAUAAACCCGCGACACGGAAACGCGCGGCACCGAAACCCGCGGAACCGAAACCCGCGGAAUCUGAAGAGGUAUCUAGUGACAGCAGCAGUAGCAGCAGCAGCAAAGAAAGCACGCAUGUUAUUAAAAAGAGGAAUGUAGCGCCAUAUAAUAAAAUGGGUAAAAUUAGAGCAGAGUACUUGGAGAUUGAAAAGAGAAAACUUAAAAUGCUGGAAGAUGAAAUAAAAAGAAGUCAAAAUAAUGAAGGAGCUGCAAAAUCCGAAGAUUACCACUUUUUAAUGAGCUUGAUGCCUCAAAUGGAAAAAUUAGAACCUGUCCAGAAACUCAGAGUUCGCAAUAAAAUUAACAAAAUUUUUAUAGAAGAAUUAUUGUCUACUCAUAUGGAUCUGGACGAAGAUGAUAGCGUCAAGAGCGAGCCCAUUUCUUAGAUUAAGUAGUUAUAAAGAUUUUUGAUAAUCAUCAUCAUCAUCAUCUCAGCCAUAGGACGUCCACUGCUGAACAUAGGCCUCCCCCAAUGCUUUCCAUGUUACCCGGUUGGUAGCGGCCUGCGUCCAGCGCUUUCCUGCUACCUUUAUGAUGUCGUCGGUCCACGUGGUGGGGUGGACGUCCCACGCUGCGUUUAUAAUUAAUUCAUGAUAAUAACAGACUAAAAAUGUAUAAUCAUUCCAUGUCUUCUUUUUUACCCGACUGCGCGACGUAAAGGAGUGGUAAUUUGUUUGUUUAUUGUUUGUCCAUUGAUGAUUGUAAAAUGAAAAUUAAAAUAAUUGUUUCUUUUUUAAUAAACCAAAAAUAUAAAUCAAAA